AUGUCGGAAGUCGUGUAUGAAGAAACAGCUACAAUGAUUGCCGCAGGGGAAUUGCAGUCGUUUGUCCCAUUUGGCCGCGAGCACUGCCGGAACCAUCCAAAUGCUUUCAACCUGCAGCUUCGAGAGCUCCAACCAGCUUCUGAGCUCUGGUCAUCAGAUGGUGCCGCUGGCCUCGUAGGAUCCCUGCAGGAAGUCAGUCUGCAGGAGAGAGAAAGGGAAUGCUGGCAGCUUAGAAAGGGCUGCAUGGGAGUGAAAGAGGACGAGGUUGAGUUUGAAGAACUUUAUACUUCAGGAAAUAUGGUUGUUUGGAGCCAAGGCAGCCGCACACAAGCAUCUACUGUGUACAAGGCUUUCACCGUUGACAGCCCAGUGCAGCAGGCUUUGUGGUGUAACUUUGUUAUUCCUCGAAACAACAAUGAUGAGGAGGACGUUGAGCAGACAGUCUGUAUUGUCCAGAGUAGCUGUAUCAACGUGCACACUGUGACUGGAAAAGAUUUUAUCUCACCACUACCUUUCCAGGUCUCGAAUGUCUGGGUGACAAAGUUUGGACUUUUGUUGGAACGGAAAAAUUCAGCAAAUGACACACAACUCAACCUACCUGGGGAACCUAUGCCUACAGUAUUUAGUAUGCUGCAUCCUUUAGAUGAGAUUGCACCAGUUGUGUUCAAGCCUUCAGGCUUGUUUGAAGGCUCCCAUGUACAGUACAUGUCUGACUCCACCAUGAAAAUAGUGUUCACCUGCUGCCAGCCUUCUAUAGUUGUAUCAUAUGACACUGUACAAGGAGCACACACUGUGUGGGCCCUACGCAAAGUCACACAAGAUGAGCGUUCCACAGUCUUGCAGAAUCUAACAGAUCCAGUUGGGACACCGCUGGGCCUUAUGUCUUCCAGCUUUCCAACCUCUCAUUUGCGUAAUAUUUCCCAUCUGGACUCACCUGUUGGAAGUGGAACAACUGUGAUCGGCUUUGGAUCUGGAUCAAGCUGUCCUCCUGGCUCUCCUCUGCACUACAGUGCUUUGCGAAGUCAACAUAACAGGAUUAUGACCUCCUCACCAGGAGUUCACUCUCGAGUUCAUUCCCCGAGUAUAUCCAGCAUGGCUGCCCUCAGCCGUGCUCAUUCUCCAGGCAUGGCAGCGCCAUCCUUUUCAGGUGCAUCUCGCUUCAACGCGUCUUUCCACAGCCUGUCCCCCAAGGGGCACCAUGGUUCGUUACCCUUAACCAACAGCACUAUCAAUGAGACGAUGCCUUCGCCAGAAAUGGAGCCCAUUGUACCUGACCUCUGUGUGGAGCAGCUGUGGAGGGAGACUGUCACGGCUGGCUGUCAUAAGGAGAUGAGCAGCCAGGCAUCUAAAGUGUUUAUCACCUCUGACCUCUGUGAGAACUGCUACCUCUGUUUCCUGGUGGAGUCUCAUCAGCAGCUGAGAUGUGUUAAGUUUAUUGAGAGCAACGAUACGUCCCAGCUCAUAUUCCCGUCUGUGACAACCAUUCCUGCCAAAGAUGCUGCACCACUGCAGAAUAUAAAUGCCAUGUUGGUCCUGGAAGCAUGUGGCAGUCUGGUUCUUUACACAGGAAUCACCAGGGUCAGUAAGGUGUUUGUUCCUGGCCUCUUGUCACCCACCUUCAACCUUUCCAACCAGCUCCCUCACCAAUGUACACCAGUGGAGAAUGUUAGCACACCUGCUAAUGCUGGAAACAGACACAUCCAAAGACUUGAGGACAUUAUGCCUUCGCCUGUAUCUGAGCUAAAGGGUUCAAACAAUAAACACCACGAAGCCUCAUUUUUUGAAGAUUACACUUUUCAACAAGCCACCUCCUUCAUUCAUGCUUUACGCGAUCCUGUUUGCAACCAGGUCACUUUGGAGCUCAGCAGUGGCACAAUGCUGAGGAUUUCUAUUCCUGAGAUCGCAACGUCUGAGUUGGUGAGAAAAUGCCUUCAGGCGAUUUGUUUCAUCCUGCCCAAGGAAGCUGCUAUGAAGGUUUUGGUGAAGUGGUACAACAUCUAUAAUGCCCCCGGAGGUCCCAGUGCUCAUGCAGAGUGGAGCCAGUUUGUCACAUGUUUCUUGACACUAAUGGGCUACAACACAGAGCGGUUGGCUUGGACCCGACAACUGCACUUUGAAGUGCCUCUUUCUCCAGUUAUUGCAGCGAAGAAGGCUCGUCAUUCUGAUCGAGGCUCUGAUGAGGACUGGGACUACUUGUUGGCCUCUCAUUAUCAUCAUCAGAUAAUUUUUCAGCCUGUCUGUAGUUCAGUGGAGUCCAGUGAUGCCAGUGAUGCUGUUACCACAGAAACUGGAGACCUGUCCUCCGCGGCUUCUCCCUCCAGUUCAUCUCUGAAGUUGGAGAGUUCAGCGUCUUUAUUCCCUCACAUUCCUGCCCUUUUCUACGUUCUUCAUCUGCUGUAUCAGGAGCUGCAGCUGGAUGAGCUGCACAGAGCGAGAGCUUCAUCACUGGUGUGUCUGCUGCAACAACUAGCCAGACAGAAUGCCAGGAACUCGAAGGAUAAGGGCCACGAGAUGACCAGCAUUGGACUCCUCCUGGGUGUUUCUUCUGCCAAACUGGGCACCAUGGACAUGUCAAUUACACGCCUGCUCAGCAUACACAUCCCUGCCCUUCUCCCACCCACCUCCACUGAGUUGGACGUGCCCCACAAUGUUCAGGUUGCUGCUGUAAUUGGUAUCGGGCUGGUAUAUCAAGGAACCGGACACAGACACAAUGCUGAAGUCUUGUUGUCUGAGAUAGGUCGACCUCCUGGUCCAGAGAUGGAGUACUGUACUGACAGAGAGUCCUAUUCACUGGCUGCUGGACUUGCUCUAGGCAUGGUCUGUCUUGGGCAUGGCAGCAACCUGAUUGGGAUGACUGACCUUAAUGUGCCUGAGCAGUUGUAUCAGUAUAUGGUCGGGGGCCAUCGCAGAGCUCAAGCAGGUGCCAACCGGGAAAGACACAAGUCCCCCAGCUACCAAAUCAAGGAGGGUGAUACAAUAAAUGUGGAUGUUACAUGUCCAGGGGCCACGCUGGCCUUCGCCAUGAUCUACCUCAAGACCAACAACAGGUCGAUUUCUGAUUGGCUGAAACCUCCAGACACUUGGUUUCUGCUGGACUUCAUUAAGCCAGAGUUUCUGCUGCUGAGGACUCUUGCACGUUGUAUUAUCAUGUGGGAUGAAAUCCUCCCUAACACUGAGUGGGUCAAGAGUAACAUACCCCAGAUCAUGAGGGGGAAUUUUGACACUUCAGAAGACAUUAAUAUGGAAACAAUGGCCCAAGCCCAGGACUACAUUACAGCUGGAGCCUGUAUGGCAUUAGGUUUACGCUUUGCCGGCUCUGCCAAUUCCGACGCCUUUGACUGCCUCUAUGAGUUUGCCAGAAACUUUAUGAAGAUGAUGUCUUUUGCUGGUACAGCUACUGUUGGUGCACAGAUGGGUUAUUACAACCUGCAAACAGGUCUGUCGAUGAUCCUGCUGGCUAUGUCCAUGGUCAUGGCUGGCACUGGGAAUCUGAAGGUUCUUCAGCUCUGUCGCUUCUUUCACAAGAGAACUGGCGGUGAGAUGAACUAUGGCUUUCACAUGGCUCAUCACAUGGCCCUGGGGCUGCUCUUUCUGGGAGGUGGCAGGUACACUCUCAGCACUUCCAAUUCUGCCAUUGCUGCUUUGCUCUGUGCCCUGUAUCCUCACUUCCCUGCUCACAGCACUGACAAUCGCUAUCACUUGCAGGCCCUGCGGCACCUGGCUGUGCUGGCUGCAGAGCCACGGCUUCUGGUUCCUGUGGAUGUGGACUCUCUUAAGCCUUGCUAUGCCCUCUUAGAGGUCACCUAUAAGGAGACUAGGUGGUAUAAAGAGACAACAGUUGAACUGAUGGCUCCCACUCUCCUUCCUGAGCUCCAUCUUCUUAAACAGGUGAAAGUGAAGGGGCCACGUUACUGGGAGCUGUCUUUGGAUCUCAGCAAAGAAACGCAGCAUCUGAAGUCCAUCCUGUCCAGAGAUGGUGUGUUGUAUGUAAAGUUACGGGCUGGUCAGCUGCCCUACAAAGACGACCCUCAGGGUUGGAAGAGUCUGCUGACCGCAUUCAUCAACCACAGAAACUCUGGAGUCACCGCUUUCAAGCCUGAAGCCAUCUCUAAUUUCACCUCUGAACCUGCACUCAUCUCCUUUGCCGAGUUCUUUUGUAAGACCCCUGAAGCAAUGAAAGACAGAAAGGACACGUUUGUGUUGUUCUCAGCAAUGCUGUAUGAAUGUGUGAUGCAAGAGUGUUCAGAGAUGCUGCCAACAUAUAUCGCUAUUGAGCAGGCAGUUAGUGCCUUGCAACGGGGUGACCUGCAGCAGACAUUCCCUUUGUGGCAGCUACGUCUGGUGGUGGAACUGUGGGACAGCAGGAUGCUGCGAGGUCCUGCAAACAGCCAUGACACACUGCUCACCUCGGAGUUUCUUCCUGUAAUGAAGAACGCUGUGGAUGUAGCAUUGGACAGUUGGCUCAAAGAAAACAGCUUGGUGGUGAGAUCCUACAUGAAAAACGAGGUUCCACCUAAAGACAGCCGCCUGAUGAUGCUGGCCUGCUUCCUGGUGUACCGCUCCAUCCCCUGCCUCAAACACAAACACACACAGCUGGAGGGCUGCAGCUCAUUUGGGGAUGUAUUGUUGCUUAGCAACCAGCUGGGCAUCCCUCUGAGAGACCUACUGAGACUGGUACCAGUUUUGUUGAGUUCUGUGUCAGAGUCUCCAUCACUGCUGGGCUUUCCUCUUCAAGCAUUUUCAUCCUGACGUCCAGAACCAGUGGUUGGGCAGAUAGACUCGGAGGUGCAGUGCUGCUAUCACCAGUAGGACACAUUUUAACUGAAUUAUCUGCAGACAUGCCGAGCACCUCUGACAAAAUGUGACUAUCAGACACAAAUCCAGCUGCCUGUUGUCUGGAGAAAAAAGUUUGUUAGAUUUCUUUGUAAAUUACUUUUAUAUUUAGCUUUUUUUUUUUUUAA